CACUGGCCGUGAAUGUUUUGAUUAGGAGUUGGCAAAGAUGCAGAUUUUCUACGGGAUACUUGCGUUCCUGGUGGCCACCAAUCCCUCAACCGAGGCCAUCCAGGCGCGCAGUGACAAGGAGCAGCCGCAGACAGUGGUUUCCGGCACAGCGGUGCAGUCGGUUGUGCCCGUGCAGGCGCAACUUGGCUCCGGACUGGGACCCUCGUCCGCCGCUUCCUCGUCAUCAUCAUCUUCCGGCGGAGCAGGGAACUCCGCUUUCAACCCGCUCGGACCGAAUGUGAUGUGCUCCUUCCUGCCACGCGACUUUCUGGAUUGCAAGGAUCCCGUUGACCAUCGGGAGAAUGCUACCGCACAGAUGGAAAAGGGCCACGGAUGCCUGCGAUUCGGUGGUUCCACCUACGAGGACGUGGAGCACGCCAAAGUGGUGUGCACCGUGUUCGCAGACAUCGAUUGCUUCGGCAAUCGCACCUUCUACCGCGACGGAGUCCCCUGCGUCCGCUACACGGACCACUACUUUGUGACUACCCUGAUCUACAGCAUGCUCCUCGGAUUCCUCGGCAUGGACCGCUUCUGCCUCGGCCAAACAGGUACCGCCGUCGGCAAACUCCUGACGAUGGGCGGUGUGGGCGUCUGGUGGAUCAUCGACGUCAUUUUGUUGAUCACCAAUAAUCUUCUGCCUGAAGACGGUAGCAAUUGGAAUCCCUACGUCUAGACGUGUGAUAUGUGUCCUGUUUCCUAGCGAUAAGUUGUUCAAUAAGAUCAUUUAGUAAACAUAGCCAAAUUGUGGGUAUUAUAAACAUA